AGCGAUGACCUGAGCCUCUUUUUGCCGUGCCUUUGUCACAGAGUCAGGGUCAGCUGUAUUGGAUGCCCUGCAAAACAAGAGACUUAUCAAGUUAUGAGAAGACCGUGCAAUAAAUGCUGGAAGAACACACGUCCUCAAACGAACAUGCCAGAACAUUUCUUAAACAUACUACAGUAUCAUAAAUGUUUAUUGGUUGUGUAGUUAGUCACAGAGUUAAGAUAACACACUGGGAAGAUGAUUGUUGUGUUCUGACUACUUUAUAUUGGUGAAAGUAUCUUGGUUAAAAGCAGCCCACUGCUGUAAAGCUUGCGGGUAACAUGGCAUAGCAGAGGGAUAGCUGCAAAUGCUGCUAACCUGAAAUGAACCUGGUGGAGAACAGUCUGCUGACACAAGCUGACCAUGAAAGAAUGUAAAUCAGCUCUAUCUAGAAAAGCCCCACAGGGCAAAACUAUACAGACUUGCAAAUGCAUUGUAAAGAGGCCUGUUUGUAUUAGGGAAGUCUUGACCACCUGCAGGGAUAUACAUAAUAGUGUUUUUCCUGAUGAUCUACAGGAAAGUGGUUCUGGUUGGGGUAUUAACAUGAGUAUUAUCACCAGAACAUCAAGAAACCCCAAUUCACUUGGUCUGCUUUGCCUGUAUGUGAUUGUUAAGAGUCUCUCUUCUCAUGUUCUCCUUCAUUCACACUGUUUUAGAUUGUUCUCUUACUUUCCUCUGCUUUGAGCUUUAUCUCAGCUAUAGCUGCUUUUCUCACAUCUCUGGCAGGAAACGCUUCCACAAAAGUUGUAGAAACUCAGUGUUCAACUGUUUUAUGAGGCUGAAAUCAGUUUCUCAUUCUCCAGAAUGUAACUGCUGCACCAUUUAAGAUGGAACAGGAAUAUUCAAACAAGAAGCUGGCGAACGAGUUGACUUCAGCUUUGUGGCUUUUUUGUGUUGGAUAGUUUCUUGUUGCAGAUUACGCGUAGCAGGACACCAGCAGCUGCUAGCUAGGCGAGAUUGUCGUCUGCCUGCCAGUCUUCAGUGUUAAAGAGUUUCCUGGUUUGUCUGCUCACUGUGGGCGGGAAAGCUGUCCAAACUUCAUGCUUGAUUUCCUGGCCGGUCAAGAGGGACAUAAAACACUUGCUCCAGUCGCGCUCAUCUUCACUUUAGUUGAAGGCUGUUCCUCAGUCUGUUGCUGUGCUGUGACUGGGCCAUGCUGUACACGGAGCUAAUCCGGCUGUGGGACGAGGGCGUGAGGGCAGUGGAUAACAGGGACUGGCAGGGUGCUUUGGCCAAACUCAACCAAAUCUCUGACCCCACCUCUCGCACGCUGUUUGUCACCUCCUCUGUCCACCUUGCCCUGGAACAGUUUGACAUGGCUAUCAAGACUCUAGAUUCCGUUAUUGCAAAGGAUGAGAGAUUAGCUGUUGGCUUCUUCCAAAGGGCUGCUGUGCAUAUGAUGACAAACAGGCUGGAGGAGGCUCUGGGUGACUGCAUUUGGGCACAGAAGCACAUGAGAGAAAACACGAUCAUUGACUACAAACAGUUAGGACUACGCUAUAAACUCUACAGCUGGCAGGUUCUGUAUAAUGCAGCAGCUGUCCACUGUAGAAUGGGUCAGUGGGAGAAAGCUGGAGAGAUCCUGCUGGCCGCCUCACAGGAAAGAGGAGGGAGGGGGGUCCAGGUGGACCUGGCAAUGGACAGUAUAGCAAGGAGGGAGGUGAUUGCUCCUCUUUUCGUCCCAGAGGGAGUAGUGUUUCGCCCCAGGAAACAGGAUGUGGAGGAGCUUCGGCCAAGAGACUUUCUGGGCAAACCGGAGGUCAUCAUUUCUGACAUCCCACACGAUGACUUCGGAGGCUUUGAACCCCUCAGGCCGCAGAAACCUGGAUACUAUGAGCCAAAGGUAGAGGAAGGCCAGGACUCGCGCUACAUGUGUGUGAAGAAUGCAUACAUGGCCAAAAGUCCAGGUGAACUGACCGUUCCUGCUGGAGCGCAUGUCUUUGUCUUCAGCCAAGACGACAGGAAUGAUCUGGCCACAGUUAUAUACGAUGGUCAGAGAGGCCUGCUUCCAAACUUCCUGCUUGAACCGGUUACAAAAAAGACUAAAGGCAAAAAGAAAAAAUACAGUGUGCCUAGUGGGAUCCCUCUGCCGCCCAGCCUGAAGCCGCCCACUCGCCCGGAGGCUGCUGUUUCUCUUCCCCCAGAGUUACCCUCCUCUUACACCAUUGACACCUGCACCAGCUCUCCUUCACAGGACAUCAUCACAACCCAAAGCCCCUCACGGCAGACUGAGGGAGCAGACUCAGUCAUAGUUAAAGCGCACUACACAUACACCGUGGCUCUGAGCGUCCCAAUAGACAUAGAGUAUCGGGAGCUGCAGGAGAGAGUCGCUCAGAAAUUAGGACAGCCUGCUGCACUCAUUCGCCUUAGACACAAGCAGCAUGGUUCCUCACUCCUGAAGCCUCUGGAGGGCGAAGGAGGUCUGCGUGACCUGGCUGAAGUGGCAGAGUCAGGCCGGGCCACACUGUGGUGUCAGGCUGAGGAUCCUCUGGCCAACAGGACAAUCCUAUACCAGAUGGUGGCACUGUAUGACUAUUCCGCACAGGGGCCUGAGGACCUGGAGUUUGGUGAAGGGGACACCAUUGACAUUCUCAGUGAAGUGAAUGAGGAAUGGCUAGAGGGACACACUGCUGGAAACAUCGGCAUUUUCCCCAGAUGUUUUGCCUACAGAGAUUCAGAGAAAGCCGCAGUCAAAGAAGCAACAUCACUCUAAAAGCUCAAAUGCCUAAAUAUGUAAAUACAUUAGACAGUAUUUCCAAUCCAUAUAUUUGUAUAUUUAUUGAAAAUUAGUAGAUUUAAACCAUACAUUAAUAUUGAUUAUAAGCAAUCACAGCUAUUUGCAUAUUACUUUCAGUAUCAUUGUCAGAUAUUAUUUUAUGUAAAAUGGUCAAAAUGUCUGGGAAUACUACAAAAUAUUUGACUGCCUUCAAUCGUGUUCCUUUACACUGGUGGCGAUUUGAUUAUAUAGUUAAACCUGCUCAGGUGGAACAAUGCUGUCAGUCAAAAUGCACGUAUAAAAUAUUCUGUCAUAACAUGAAAGCUGAUUGUCAGUCUGUCUGAAUAAGUGACAGGUGGUAUCGAAGCUUGGAGUGCUGAGUCGCGCUGUAGGCUCUCUGUUGACUGACUAAAAUAAAUGGCAGGUUCAUGUGAA